UCGACCCUGGGCCGACAGCCGGCGUCAUCAGACAGUGGCGGGGGCACGGAUCGUCACCAGCUGAUCAAGAGGUGGUGUCGGGAACACCACGGUAGACGCGAGUGGACCGAUCUUCAGUAAGACGUUGUGGUGAUUUAAUUGGCUCAGUUAGUUGGUCUUUGUUCGCAAUUAUGGCGGAACGGCCCACGGAGAACGGUGGCAGUCAGGGCAAGAAUGUGAAGAUUUCGGUCAGGGUGCGCGGCGAGUGGCUCAUGGUCCCCUGUCAGAAGGGUAAUGUCAGCGUCCAGUGGCUGUCCGAGGAGGCGCUGCGGCGCUAUGAGCGGCUCCGCCCGGCCACCUACACCGGUCGACCGCAGGUGGUGGCCGAGGUGCGCAAAACACGCGGCGGGGCCAUCCUCGACCGACAGGACCUCGUCUCGGACGUGCUGGAUGAUAACGACUUCGUCUCGAUCGUGCUGGAGAGCGACCGUCCCAACCCCAUCACAGAGAGCGCCGAAAUCAGAUAUGUGCCCGAGCAAAUUGAGUCACAAAAUGGCGAGGAACCGACGCAGAUUAUGUACCUGGACGGCAACAGUCUGUCGACGGACGACCUCGUGCAGCUCGGGAAGGGAAAAUACAAAAUUAAGCUGACGAAAGAAUCGGAAGAUCUCCUACUCAAGUCGAGAGAGCUCGUCGACAAAAUCGUCAAGGAAAAGAAAACGGUGUAUGGAAUCACGACCGGAUUGGGGAAGUUCGCCAACAUCCCCAUCUCGCAGGACAAAAUACAGGACCUGCAGGUGAACCUGAUCCGCUCUCACGCGGCCGGAGUCGGUGAGCCCCUCUCCCCCGAGAAGACGCGCAUGCUGCUCGCGCUGCGCAUCAACGUGCUGGCCAAAGGCUACAGCGGUAUCGCGCCCAAGAUUGUGUUCCAGAUGAUCGACGCAUUCAACGCGUCGUGUCUGUCGUGGGUGCCCGAGAAGGGCUCGGUGGGAGCCUCCGGAGACCUGGCACCGCUGGCCCACCUGGCGCUCGGCCUGAUGGGCGAGGGGCGCAUGUGGAGCGCCAAGACCGGCUGGGGAGAGGCCAAAUACGUCCUGGAAGCGCACGGCCUCGAGCCAAUUCAACUCUCCUACAAGGACGGUCUGUGCAUGAUAAACGGCACCCAGCUGAUCGCCAGUAUCGGCGCGGCGGCCGUGGAGCGGGCCGGCUCCAUCGCCCGCCAGGCAGACGUGGUCGCCGCCAUGAGUCUGGAGGUACUCAAAGGAACGUCCCGCGCCUUCGACAGCGAUGUCCACCAGCUGAGGCCGCACAAAGGCCAGAUUGAGGUGGCUCGUCGACUCCGAGCGCUGCUCCACUCGGAUACAUAUCCGUCAGAGAUCGCGGAGUCGCACGGGUACUGUAACCGUGUCCAGGACGCGUACACACUGCGCUGCUGCCCGCAAGUACACGGCGCCUCGCACGACACGAUCGCUCUGUGUCGCUCCUGGCUGACCACCGAGCUGAACUCUGCCACCGACAACCCGCUGGUGCUGCCCGAGCGAGGCGAGAUUAUCUCCGCCGGAAACUUCCACGGCGAGUACCCGGCCAAGGCGCUCGACUUUCUGGCCAUCGGAGUCUCCGAGCUGGCGGCCAUGUCUGAGAGACGCGUGGAGCGUCUCUGUAACCCGGCCUACUCGGAGCUGCCGGCCUUCCUGGUCAAGGAUGGCGGCUUCAACUCGGGAUUCAUGAUGGCGCACGUGACGGCCGCCGCGCUGGUCUCCGAGAAUAAGGUGCUCUGCCACCCGGCGUCGGUGGACAGCAUCUCGACCAGCGCCGGUACAGAGGAUCACGUCUCCAUGGGCGCGUGGGCCGCGCGCAAGGCACUCAUGGUGGUUGAGAAUGUGGAGCGAGUGAUCGCCAUCGAGCUGCUAUCAGCCUGUCAGGCCAUUGAGUUCCUGCGUCCGCUGAAGACCACGGUUCCCCUGGAGGAGGUGUACAAGGUGGUGCGCUCGCGCGUCGCCGCCUGGGACCAGGACCGCUACAUGGCGGCGGAUAUGGACGCCGCCACGGAGCUGCUGCAGGAGGAGCGCAUCUGGCAGGCGGUCCGACUGCACGUGGAUCACUACCACUCGGUGCAGGACAUCGAGACUCGUGUGUUCAGCCCGACCACCAGUUUCCUGGGUACUAACGCUCGCGACAGGCCGCUGGCCCGUAAGCGCACCGCCAGUUCAUCCAAGGACGCGGCCGCGGCCAAGAAGGCCCGAGUUACCGGCGAGCGCCGCCUAGCAGCGAAAAAGUGAGGAUAGAAGAUGACGAGAACGACAGGACAACGAAGAAGCUUGAGAAUAUCAAUACUAAGCGUGAGGGUGGAAAAGCGUUUGGCCAGCGGCACAAACGCAACGACAUCCAGUGACGGCUGAGAUAGAUGAACGAACAUGAAUGAAAUAAGGCCAUUUGACGCGGCGCAUCCAAAGGGCGGGUGCUGUCUGCGACUUGCGAUGCAUGAGGGUGUCAAAACUCAGGAGCGAUGUCAUGAAUAUUUGACGAGAAAACCGGGGCGUUGCUGAGUCCAUAGCAUUGCAAGCAGUCGACUGAAUGCCUGCCGCUCAGCGAAAUAAAAGCUAACUGUACUAACCACUUAACCUAAUCGCGGCGCAUAACAUCGAAACGCACGCCUGUAAAGGACCGAAAACCCAACUUAACAACGUCUACAUAUGCUCGAAGGUCUCGUGAUUUAUGUGAUGUGUUACACUUUGUGCAUAUGAUAUACCGUAAGGUGGGGCUAUUUGAGACAGUGGGGCUAUUUGAGACAGUAUUUAAAAUUGUUAUAAAGUAAAAACCGUUUGAAAUUUAUGCUUAAUUUUUGCUCAGGCGAUUUACUGCUCGAUUCCACACCUCCCUGAGCAAAAAUGUCUCACAAAAUUCCAACGAUCUUCAUUUUAUAGCGAUUUUAAAUACUGUCUCAAAUAGCCCCACUUUACGGUAAUGUUGUCAUCCCGCGAGUGUGGCCAAGGGAAGGUGGCUCGCGUCCAAUUAAAUACAGUCGUUGCAGACAA